AUGGCUAAUUGGAAUUGGUUCAGGACGGAGAAUACUGGCGUUGGCGCAAGAAGGUGUUUUGAGGAAGGACUGGGGAGUGACGAGAAAGGGGAUGGGGAGCUUUUCGAACAUAUUGUCAAUAAGAUUCUGGAGGAGAGUCCAGAUGUGCUGCACCAUUUGGUCAUGAACCCUCCAACACAUCAACACAUACUUAGUGGCAGUUUCACUGCAGCGCAAAAUUGGGCAUCAGCUCUGCAGUUGUUACCACAGCGAAAACAGCCGCUGAUGAGGAGUGCACCAGGAUUGUUACAACAGCGACAACAGCCGCUGACAAGGAACGCACCAGGAGUUGGCAAUGCACACGGCCACCGUUGUAACCUGCUGUAUAAGUCAGCCCUGUGUUUUCACUUCCUCCGACGGGGCACCUGCCCGAAAGGGGAAGCUUGCAAGUUCGCUCAUGGCAUCUUCGAGUUGAGAUUGCCGCAGAACCAUCCCAAGUACCGCACAAGACUGUGUGUGCAUUACACACUCACUGGAGCCUGUCCAUUUGGAGAAGGAUGCUUUUUCGUUCACCGCUAUAAUCCCCCCUCUACCCCUGAGUCUCCCGACUACGCCAGUCUCAACUACUGCAUUUAG